UCCAAACUCCAAAUCCUUGUCACCAGCUAAAAGUUAUUCAUAAAUUAUGCAGAGACAAAAGAAAUCUGAGUCUGAUUUGGUGCCAGUGAGCAUAUUUAUUGGUGGCGAAGAAGAAACGAUAAUAGUAACUGAAUAAAGAAGGAAUGAAUUCGUUUCUACUUUGGACUUUGUGCUUUGCGAUCGUUAUCAUCGUCAUUGUUUCCUUCAACUUCAACCUUACGCCAUCAUUAUUCGGAUCGAUUCUCAUCGUUUUUUCGAUCAUCAAAAUGAAAUUGCUUCCUCGAUUUCGAAGUUCUUGCUUAAACAAUCCCAAACCGAAUUCAAUGGCAGAAACAGAUUCUGAUGUUGAUGUUGAUGCUAAGCCCCUUCAUAUUCCACCACAUCUUGUAAUCAUGGUUAAUGGAAUCAUUGGCAGUUCUGCUGAUUGGAGAUACGGUGCGGAGCAGUUCCUGAAGAAGCUUCCGGAUGAAGUCAUCGUCCACCGCAGUGAAUGUAAUUCUUCAAAAUUGACGUUUGACGGUGUUGACACAAUGGGUGAGAGGCUAGCUGAAGAGGUACUAUCUGUUGUUAGACGCUGGCCAGGGUUGCAGAAGAUCUCCUUUGUGGCACAUUCUCUGGGAGGCUUGGUAGCAAGAUAUGCUAUCGCAAGACUCUUUGAUUACUCUUCAACAAUUGAAGUUGAAGUUACCAGCAGAAAUUGCAACUGUAAAGAGGAGGCAAAAUGUACGAAGAAUUGCAUUGAACAACAUUACGAAGCCAGAAUUGCUGGGUUAGAGCCAAUGAACUUUAUAACCUUUGCAACACCUCAUCUUGGUUCAAGAGGACAUAAGCAGCUUCCAUUUCUCUGUGGCAUUCCUUUCCUUGAAAGAAAAGCAUCCCAAACUGCGCAUUUAGUUACAGGGAGAACUGGAAAGCACCUCUUCCUCAUGGACAACGAUGAUGGAAAGCCUCCUCUUCUCCUCCGAAUGGUUGAUGAUUCUGAUGAUUUAAAGUUUAUGUCAGCUUUAUGUGCGUUUAAGCGUCGGGUAGCAUAUGCAAAUGCAAACUUUGACCAUAUGGUUGGAUGGCGCACCUCAUCGAUUCGGCGUCAACAUGAACUUCCAAAGUUUAAUCAUCAAGUAAUUGAUGAGAAAUACCCACACAUUGUACACACCAAAAGUGAGACCGUUGAUGAUAUUUCCAGCAAAGAAUCUACUAAUGUUGGAGGCGAAACAAUUGAUAUGGAAGAGGAGAUGAUAAGGGGUCUCACUCGGGUUCCUUGGGAGCGUGUGGAUGUAAGCUUUCGGAAGAGUAAACAGCGGUUUGUUGCUCACAGUACAAUCCAGGUGAAAAUCUACUGGAUGCAUUCAGAUGGUUCUGACGUGAUCUUCCACAUGAUAGAUAACUUCCUUGUCUAGUCUCUAACAUUAUUGUCAGAUUCGGUGUCAACAAUCAAUGUUUUUGAAUGGGACAAUGUUUUAUGGUCAUUUUUCUGAUUCAAAGGCCAAGUGACUUCCUGUGUGCACUUGUGUAUUCUUUGGUCAGAGGGAUUUGGAAAGAAGAGAAAGGUAAUAGACAAGAAGCUUGUAAACAACUGUUAUACUAUCAUGUUUGUUGAUAACAAAUACUGAUCGAUGAAGCAACGAAUAUGGAGAAGAAGACUGAACAAGAGGGAAUACUGUAUUGGGUCUUAAUCAUAACAAACCCAAGAUUUGGAAGGUCCUAUACUCACAAGAAGACUAGGGAUGCUGAGUGUGAGAGUUAGUAACAGUAACAGACAUAGCAUGAUUCUUAGGCAAUGUUGAGGGAUAUAGGGUGAGUUGGACUCUGGAGGUUAUUGCGAGGUAGUUUGUCAUUUUGUGAAUUAAGAUAAGUCUUGGCUCUACCAACACUUUAAAGUAGAAUAAUCAGUUCUACUAUCUCAUUUUUCCUCUCCUCUGCCGAGACACCACCACCAUAGCCAAAUAUUCAUCAUUUUGCAAUUAAUUUUUUUUUUGAACAAGUCAUUUUGCAAUUCAUCAUCCUAGAACCAAUGCAAGUUAUUUAUGGGAUUUGAGAAGAGACAUAUCCAAAAAAUUUAAUUGAUGAGGUUAUAGUUAUUUAUUAUAAAUAUUUAACUUAAUUGUAUUUUUUUGUCUUCUAUUUUGUAACUCUUACGAAAAUAGUCAUAUUUGCGAAUAUUUUGGACACAAAGUGCUAUUUUCUUGUCAUGUGAUAACAAUAUCUUAGCAAUUUAAUAUUAUUCCCGAGAUAGCCUUAGAGUCUAGAAAGAGCAGGAGGAGUUCUUGCAAUUGAAACAGGGAACUAUAAACUAUAUAAGAUUGAUCUAUUUGGUCUGAGGUGCUCAACAAAGGUAUGCCAGUUAUGCAGAGUUGGUGCAACAAUGUUAUGUUACAGAGGC